AAAUCCCACGCAUAAAGGGAUAGCCCCUUCACAGAAGAGUCUCUAUAAAGGCUGAUAGUUUGGACAAUGAGCCACACAGCAGCUAGUCCAGCUUGAGUGCUUCACCUCAAACAGACCUUCUUCUGUACAUCCAGCCAGUCUAGUAUAACAGAACGGCCAGAAUGACCGCCUCUCGCUUCAUCAUUUUCUCCGCAGUGGUCGUGCUUCUGUGCGCAGUUAGCCUCAGUGAAGGUUUACGUAUUGGACCACAAAGAUGCUGUUUCUCCUUUUCGGACCGUCCUGUGCCAGUCAAAAGAGUGGCUGAAUACAGCAUGACAAGCCAGCAGUGCCCCAACGAAGCCGUUCUGUUCAAGACUGUGAAGGGUCAUUACGUGUGUGCCAGACCCAAUGACUCAUGGGUAAAGGGGCACAUCAAGAUCAUUGACAGCAGGAACAUUGGAAGACAGGGGACCUUGUGAUCAUACUGACCUGCGUCCGUCAACUUCUGAACCAUUGUUGAGGCACUGGACAAGUGUGGAGUCUGCUCAAAACUGAAAAGAAAAAGAAAAAGAAAAAACGGACAAAUGCAUUGUCACUUACUAAUCAGCAUACUGAAGCUAUGGGGUUAAACAAUCCAGAAUGUAUGAUGUUUGAAUUGUUUCGUUUUUUAACUCGUUUGUCAUUUAUCUUACUAAUGCAUUUCUAAGGAUAGUGUUUUGUACUGAAAAAUAAAGUAUUGCAGAUUACUACCAUAUAGCCUAAAGUAUAAACUACUUUAAAGAAGAACAUGAAAUAUUUUUGUAAUGUGUCAUUAGAGACAACAUAUUAUGAUGAAGAUCUGUAUAUGUAGGUUUAGCUAAUGUACAUAAACC